UGGCAUUUGCGCAGUAAAUUUAUCCAGUUGCACAACAUAACUUGAUGCUCAAUGGAAUAAAACACAUAUUUUUCCACUAUUAUAAGAUUAAAUCAUUGAAAAACGACUGGGUACUCUGAAAAUACAACAAAAUUUCAUUGGCCAGUGUUUCAUUCAAACCAAGCCGAACACCAUGAGUGUCCAUGUGUUUGACAACAAAUUGGUGCUGAACAGUUGUAAACAACUGUAUCUUGACACGAAGACAGCUGACGUGAAUUUUGUGUUCAAAAUUUAUUCCAAGCGUACUAAAAGUGUUCCAGCCCACAAAAACAUUCUCUCUGUUGGAAGUCCGGUUUUUAAUGCCAUGUUUUAUGGUCCAAUGAAGGAAAAAAGCGAUGUAAAAAUCGUCGAUUCAUCCCCCGAAGCAUUCAAAGAGUUCUUACAGUUCUUCUAUCUGGGAAAACUUCGAUUGACACCCAACAACAUCAUUGCGGUGACGAAAUUGUGCCAUAAGUACGAAGUGCCUGAUACGUUGAAGCUGUGUGAAUUAGCACUGCAAGUGGUGCUAACCAUCAAUGAUAUGAGCACAUAUUAUGAAUUGGCCAUUCUUCUCGAUUUGGAAAGCACAAUCACAUUUUGUGAACAACAGAUUAUGCUGAACCCAGAAGUAAUACUGAAAUCAGACGAUUUCUUAAAGUACGAUCGAAAGAUGCUGGACAAAAUUCUGGAAUUGGUGACAUCGAAAUGCAACGCAUCUACCAUUGUCAAUGCAUACAUGUCUUGGGCCAAAACCAAAUGUGUGCAAAAUGGCGUGGUAGCAACGACAACAAAUCUAAAGAAUGAACUUGGCUUAUUGGUGGGUAAAAUCCCAAUUGAUCAACUGUCAUCGGAAGAAUUUGCCCAAUUUACCGUCUCCUAUAAGGAUCUAUUUGACAAAACUGAUUUGGAAGCGAUCAUUGUAAAGAUGAUGAAGCAAAAGGAAAAAACUGAGAAUGAAAGGAAAGAAAUACAAACAUCGAAGGCAUCAAGUUUAUUGGGGAAACGACCAAGUUCUGUGCUCAAAUUGUUCGACGAUCCCGACGAUGACGAUUAUUGGUCAGAUUUAAAUAUUCUCCAUUUUCCUGAGCAUUAGAAUAACAUAAUAAUCGUCGAAUUCUUGGAAUAUUCAAAUAUCAAAAAAUAAAAUAAAAUUUUCAUUUCCAAUA